UCGAUAACAGCCACUAAACAGCCGUCAACCAGUCUCGUCAGUUUUCACUGACUGCAAGUCAUCCUGACUCUAGUAUUUUACUAAGAGCUGUGGGGCUGUAGUUUAGUCCCUAACCUGAACCCUAACCUCAACCAUAACCCUUUACCUUUGACAAACAUCCAGAAGCUUCAGAGCGCGUGCUGAGGAAGGAGCGGAUCGACACAUUUCACACUGAAUAGCAACUUGAUGCUAGCAGAAGAGACGCACAUGGAUCCUCAAAACACCGACCUGAGCGCUAAUGCAAAGAUGUUCAACCAGGCAAAGACCCUCAGACUCCACACCGGGAAUUUAGUCAACCGCAGCCGCCUGAAACGGAAAUGUCCGAGCUCCCCCAGCGAGGAGCUUCAAGACUGCAUUAAAGCCACGCUGACUGACUGGUUUUCCCUGCCUAAGCCAACAUCAGAGGACUUUGCAGAUACGCUGGACUGUUCCAUUCCACAGGCAACAGAUGCCAUUACUCCUGAAGAGCGGGAAGAGCUGAAGGUUUCAGCCAAACUGUUUCUCUGUGAGCCGGCUCAGUCUUCUAUCAGAGAGGCAGUGGAGAUGGCCUGUCAGACACUUGCAGUGUCCCAGCUGGACUCUGUUAUCAUAGCGCCACCUGGACCCCCGGAGGGCGACAGUCAGACACUGGCCCACCUUCAGCCGGCCUGGGAGGAGCUGGAGGCUCUGGUCAGGUGCCAGCAGAUCGCAGCCAUCGGUACUUCUGACCUGGACAAAGAUCUGCUGGAACAGCUUUACAACUGGGCACAGGUGAAACCUAGCAGUAACCAGGUUAACUUGGCCUCCUGCUGUGUGAUGCCCCCUGAUCUGACGGCCUUCGCUAAGGACUUUGACAUCCAGCUACUCACACACAACGACCCCAAAGAGCUCAUGUCAGCAGCUGCAUUCCAGGAGGCACUGCAGGAGGGAACGCAGGACCUCAACAUGGCCAACUGGAGGCUGGAGUGGGUCCUGCGCUACUCCAUUAUUGUUAAAAGCAGGGGCAUCAUCAAGGCCAAGGGCUACCUGGUGAGUGCCAGGAAGGUGAGCCCUUAGCAUGGCCCACAAGUGACCAAGACUGAGGGAUGAAGCCAUUUUUCUCCUUUAUUCUUUCAUACACAAACAUGCAAAGUAACACCUCUGAAUACCACCAAUCAUCACGAGCCAUGGAGUCAUUUCCUCCUCCAGAUCCUGUUGCCUCUUGAUCAUCUAUGAUUCCUUGAGUUUGUCAGAUGCAGGUGUUCAUUGCCAUCAUCUCAUUGUGAUCAGAAGUAAGAGAUGAACACAGACGAUGGACUGAGAAUGAAGGUGGGAGACAGACAGCAGCUAUGACCAGUACAUUAAAAUUUCAGCCAUUUAUCAGCACAGUGGGGGCUGUUUAAAUGGUGGAAAGUGUUGGCUGCUAAGCUUCGAUAACCUUGUUCUGUUGUGAAGUGCCUCUUAUCUUUUAUUCCACCUCUCAUACCUGCUUUGUUUUUACUUCAACUGUGUGAAUCAAGCUUUAAGUAUAGAACCCUCAAUGAAAAGAUUACAAACGGGUAAAGAAGACUGUAAUACAUGUGUUGAUUUUAAUACCAAUUGAUUACAGACAUUUUAAUGAGGUAAUGGAGACAAAUAUUGUACAAAAGAAGUCAGAUUUUUAUUCUUGUAAUUCAAGUUUCCUGUGUGUAACACAAUUUGCAUUCCUCAGCUGAGUAAAAAGCACCAUUUUAAGUCCAUUAUAAAUGUAUAUUUUAAGAUGCAGAUUGGAUUAGACCUAACUGAAAACUAACAGUGUGUCAUGUUUUAUAAACCAUGCUCUAUUUGAUGAUGCAUGGAAAUGUUUACCCACCUCAUGCAAAUGAGAUUAAUUUGAGGGAUGAGAGUCAGUAAUAUUGUGACAGUCACAUGCACAGUAGGCUGAUGUCCUACAUGCAUUAUUAUAGCACUGGAAACUCCAUGUUAUGAAGAUGUGGAAACAAAUAUUUAUGUGUAUCAUGGCUGUUUUUCCCAGACAGGGUCCAGUAAAUCGAAUGAAGCAGCUUCUCCAUUGUACUGUAAACAUGUUUAAUGUUGUCAUGUCUGUAUAUCAUGAACUGGCUUUAUUAAAGAUACUAAACUUUCA